AUGGCUUCUAGAACUGCAGCUGCGACUUCCACCCGCGAUUUCUUCACGCUGCUCCUGCAUCCAACCGUCCUGGUCAUCCAGCUUCGAUCAGACCUGCAAUUGGAUCCCAAGGAUGUGCCAACCACGGCCGUGGUUAUCCGUCGGAACCUGUCUAUCGAAGGUGCUCCAUCUGGAACUGGGGCAAACCAGAGCGGCGCGGUGCCAAUCUCCGAGCUUCUUCUUUCAGCGGCCGCAAGCAACGGAACUUCAUUCCUGCAGCUUACCAAGCUGGACUUUGCCUUCUUGUACGGCAAGAUCCAGCUGGUUCCAGGCGCGGUGUUGACGCUGCGUUCGCUUGAGCUUUUCCGCAGCUACAGCGGUACCGGCAGCCGACUGACCUUCAUGGCUCGCAGCCCAGGAGCGCAAGUGGAGCUUGUGGGUGUCAUACAGCGGCGGCUGGCGUGCAUGCCGCCGGCCAUGGGGGUCGUAGAUUUCCGGCGCCUGCCACGACCGCGACCCACAAUCGCUCCUGGUCGCAAUCAGUCGUCAUCACCGGGAGCUGAGCAGGUGUUCGGGGAGCUCAGCAGCCCGCCGCUGUGCUGGAGCACAAGGCCACCGGCAAAGGCGGGGCCGAUGCCGAAUGCAGCAGCGGCGAAGGCAGGAAAUGGCACAGGCGGUGCAGUGACAGCAAACCGUACGCUUUGCCGAUCGCCGUACCUUGACAUCCACGACGUGGCGUUCAUGACCCAGAUGCUCGAUUUCAAAAUGGACAACAACGGCGGCUACGUGGUCAGGUACCUGAACUCCGCUAUGGCCUGCGACUACUAUACGGACGACCGUUGUGUGGCAGAGCUGGGGGUGGAUCGCUGCGUGGCGGAUCUGCUGGCAGCGCACGCAAACGACGAAGAUGACGAUAGCGAUGAAGAAGGCGGGAGACCGGCGACGGCAGAAGAAGGGGUCGACGGGGGAGUAGGGGAGGGAGCGGGGCGCUGGCAGCAGCUGCUGCCGGCGGGCUCAGGGACUGAUGGCGGGAGCGGAGUACAGCAGCCCCCGCCGCCGCCGCCGCCACCGCCGCAGCAGCAGCAGGUGGAGAUGACGGCGACGUCAUCAGGAGAAAGUGAUGGCGCGGGACCCCGGAGGCGGGUGGCGCUGGGUGCCAGCUUAGGAUCUGUCGGCCUCUUCCUCCUGCUGCUGCUGCUAGGCCUCGCACUGUACGCCCUUACCUCCUCCUCGUGUGCUGCCGGGCCCUUCGUGGUUACCCGGCGUCUGGAGCGCCGGCUGCUUUCCAGCUCUCCAGUGCCGGCGCCAGGAAAAGAAAUGGCGAUGGCGCUGUUGGCGGCGGUAGUGGCGGUAACGGCGGCGGUGGUGGUGGCGAUGCCAAUGGCGGUGAGGUGGCAGCUGGCGUGCAGCGGCAGGCAGUCCGCAGCGGUCCGGAUACUGGAGCCCAUCGGGCGGGGAGCGUUUGGCCGCGUGUACCGAGGGGUGUGGCAAGGCAUUGCUGUGGCCGUCAAGGUGCUGAUGCUGCCAGCAAGCUUAUCGCCGGACGAGCGCCACCACCACAUGGCAGUCAUGGAGGCCGCCGUAUCGUCCAUGGCGCAGCACCCGCGUGUCGUACAGACGUACUGCUACAACUUCAACGCGGUUCUGGACAGUGCCGUAGGCAGGGGGGACAUGUACUGCGACCUCGGAACCCUUCGGGAGGCACUCGACAAGGGCGCCUUCCACCCCCGCACGCCGCGACAUGUGCCGUACUCAUCGGGUUGUACGGCAGUCUCCGCGCCGGCGCCGGCGCCGGCGGCGCCUGGGGGGGACGCGGCGUUGGAACUUGACGAGGCGAUGGAAUCCCUGAUCGUUACCAGGCCGGUCGACGGGGACACCACCAUGUCCUGCCGGCUGACCUGUAAGGCACCUCGUUCCGCAACAUUUGCCCAGCUACAACGUACGGCACCACCCGCCGCGGCGGUUAGCUCCACGACAACCGCACCCAGCACAGCCGCCGUCGCUGCCACACUUUCCAGUGCUGCCGCCGCCGCCGAUGCCGAAGAAGAGGAAGGCGCGGGUACGGCAGCAGCGGCGUCGUCUUCCUCGCCAGCUGGGUUCACCCUGUCGCGUGGCAACGCUGGAGAUGGCGGCGGCGGCGGCGGCGAGGUGGACGUCGUACUGCCCCGGGAAGCGUCACAGCGCACCUCCCCGCCGGAGUCAGUGGCGUUGGUGGCGGGUACGGCUCCGACGGCGGAGGCGGCGGAGGCGCAGCGACAUGGCCUCGCGGUGAUAACGUGUCUGACGUCAUCGGCGACGGCGGGAUGUUGGAGGAAUCCGCAUGCGCCGGCAACGCCCCCCGCGGCGACGGCUGACGUCAGCGCCCGGACGAGCACGCCGUCGUACCGGUACGACCUGAUGCUUGCGAUGGCGUGUGACGUCGCGUCGGCCAUGCUGCACCUGCACUCCAACGGGAUCGUGCACGGCGACCUAAAGGCGAGUAAUGUCAUGCUCAGCUCGGGUAUCUGCCACCGCCUGGAAAGCCUCCAUACGCCCUCCUACACGCAAGCCGCCGAUGCCGCUAGCGGCGCUGGCGCGGGCCGUACGGCGGCAACUUUGUACGGCAACGACAGCUUAUUUGGGUUCGAUUCUUCUAUCUCGGAGGCCGGGUCGUUGUGGCUGGCCGCCGCCAGGUUGCCCUCCCUGGAGGAAAAUCUGGCGCCGCCGCGCACCGGGACCCGCUACGGCAGUGCGGCAGCAGCUGCCGGCGGAAGUGGUGGCGGCGCUGGCGGGUACGGCGGCGGCGGCGGCGGCGGCAGUUCUGUCCAUGGCUCCAAUCCGUCUUCAGUCUUGGCAGCGGAGCUCCCGCCGGGGGUCGUGGCCAAGGUGGGUGACUUUGGUUUGGCGACACACGUUGACGAGUCGGCGCACGGCACCCACGUCUCGGCAUCUGCGGCGCAGGGUACUUUGACGCACACGGCACCGGAGCUGCUGCUGCACGGCCACAUCAGCAAGAGCUGCGACACGUACGCGUACGGCAUCCUCCUGUACGAGCUUUUUACGGGGGACCGGCCGUACAAGGGUAUAAACCGGGCGUUGCUUCCGCACCAAGUGGCUUUCCAGGGGUUGCGGCCGGUGCUGCCGCCCCACACGCCGCCCGACUACCGGAGCCUCGCUGAGAGCUGCUGGCAAGCUGAUCCUCGGAAGCGGGGCAGGCGCUACGCAGGGAUAGAGAAUGGGGAGGGGAGAAAAUGGUCGGGGGUGUGGAGGGUUGGGACGGGCACGGCCAAAACUCGGGGGGUUGGUCGCGAGGAGACGGGCACACUGCACGCGCACCGGAGGAACCCAGUGUCUCAUAUCAGCAUUCGGCAGCCCGGUCUAUUUCACCCGUAUGCGUGA